CUGCCUCUCUGACCGAGACAAGGACGUGUCCCUGUCUAUGGCAUUUGAGAUUUAGCUACAGGCUGACAACACACUUCUGGAAGUCCCUUAAUUUCACACGUUAGGAUGACAGAAGGGCUUGCAUUCUUUUCUGAGUUCACCAUAUGAGAUGUGUUACAGAUGGCAUGAAGACUGUUCAGAAAAAGAAAAAAAAAGGUAUCUAGGUAAUAUUCACUGUAUAAUAUAAUAUAAUAUAAUAAUAAUGUGGUGGGUAGGGAUGAAAUCGAACCCUGGUUUUGUCAUACAUUAUACAUACACGUGGGCGGCUGUGUGGCUCAGGCGGUAGAGCGAGUUGUCCACUAAUCGCAGGGUUCCCUCGGCCCACGUGACUCCACGUUCCGAAGUGUCCUCGGUCCAACCCUAAGUUGCUCCCGAUGGCAGGCUAGUGCCUUGCAUGGCAGCUCUGCUACCACUGGUGUGUGAGACAGUGGGUGAAUGAGACACAGCGUGAAGCGCUUUGUAGAUCCACUAAGGUUAAAAGGCGCUAUAUAAGUGCAGAUACAGCCAAACAUUUCUAGAUAUCAUAUCCGUAUGUGCUUUUUGAACACCCCAUUCCAGAUUUAGUCCCCAUUGGGAUGUUAAUUGAAACCCAUUUCAUGUUGAGGCAGUUUGGAACUCUGUAGUGAGUGAAAGCGAUACACUAGACGCUAUUUUUAAACACUAUGUGCUUCGGUACUCAGCAGCCACACUCUGGGAGUGUGUGUUAUCUACACAGACACUUGCAUUUCACAAUAAUAGCAUUUACAGUACACUGGGCAGAUCUUAAUAGGGCAGAUAGUUCCUGAAUUGUCUUGUGGCAAAGGUGGCAUGCUGUGACAGUGCCAUGUUUAAAGUCGCUCUUCAGUGCAAUCCAUUCUGCAUGCCGACGUUUGUCUAUUGAGACUGCAUGGCUUUGUGAUUGAUUUUAUACACUUCUUAGCAACGGGUGUAAGCUAACACAGCAUAUGUAUAUAUUGUCUCAAAAACUGUGCAUUUCAUAGUACCUCCCCCAUCCACCCCAAUAUCUAUCUAUCUUGCAUAUCUAUCUUGCAUAUAUUGUAUAUCUUGUUUAUUUAUUUUGUUUAUUUAUCUUGUUUAUUUAUCUGUGUAUUAUCUGUUUAUUCUUCUUGUGAAUUGAAUGUAUAUGUUUGCACGGAACAAAAAGGAGUGGCUCUUAAUUUCAUUGUACAUAUGUAUAGUGACAAUAAAAGGCAUUCAUUCAUUAAAACACCCGAACUUAAUAAUUAGAUGGGGAUAUCUGGAUACUUUUGGUCAAAUAGUGAAGAUAGAAAAGAUGACUAUUCUGAGCAGCAUCUGUGGGCAAAUAGAAAGGGCAAAAGGUGAGUGGUUACGUGAGCACGUAUGCUCAGUUCCCUGUUCAAGUUGCAUUGUGAAAAAACCACCACAGGAUGUUGAAGCGUUUCUGUUUUUUUUUCCUUUUUUUCAGGUCAACUGUUUAUCUCUGAGAGCUCCUCAGUCACGCACAUAAGUGUUCAGAGAAUUAAAAAUGAUAAACAUGACUGACCCUUUGGCUGCCUUCUUAUCGACAGUCUCUCCAACAGAUGAUUAUGGCAGUGGUUCUGGUAUUGGCGAUUAUGACUUUGAUAGCCCGUGUGAUAAGAGCAUCGUGCGACGCUUUCGCAUGUACUAUGAACCCCCUUUGUACUUGCUCAUCGUCACUCUGGGCUUCGCGGGGAACCUGCUGGUGCUCUGGAUCUACAAGCACUUCAAGAAUCGCUUGAAGACCAUGACAGAUGUAUACCUGCUGAACCUAGCCUUGGCUGACCUGCUGUUCUUGUGUACGCUUCCCUUAUGGGCGGUGGAUGCCAUGAAGGGCUGGGCAUUUGGCACGACUCUGUGCAAGAGCACAGCGGCACUGUACAAGAUCAACUUCUUCAGCAGCAUGUUUCUCCUGACUUGCAUCAGCGUGGACCGGUACGUCUCGAUCGUGCAGAGCACCAAGGCGCAGAACUCCAAGGAGCUGCGUCUGGCCUGCAGCAAAGUGGUGUGCGUGUUUGUCUGGGUCCUGUCCAUCAUAUUGUCCAUUCCAGAGUUUCUCUUCGCCCGGACCAAAGUGGACCCCGACGGCAAUCAUUUUUGCACCAUGGUCUACUGGAACAAUGAAAACAACCACACAAAGAUCCUGGUCCUGGCUCUUCAGAUCAGUAUGGGCUUCUGUAUUCCACUCCUAGUCAUGAUCUACUGCUACUCGGUCAUCAUUAGAACCUUGCUCAAGGCCAAGAACUUUGAGAAGCACAAAGCAUUGCGCGUCAUCCUGGCAGUCGUGACUGUGUUUAUCCUUUCUCAGCUGCCGUACAAUAGCUUGCUGGUGGUGGAGGCAACGCAGGCAGCAAACACCACCAUCACGGACUGUGCCGAGGCCCAGGGCUUUGACAUCGCCACCCAGGUCAUGAAGAGUCUGGCUUACAUGCACAGCUGCCUCAACCCCUUCCUGUAUGCCUUCAUUGGGGUGCGCUUCCGAAAAGACCUGAAAAAGCUGUACAGAAAGUACGGCUGCACGACAUCCAAAUCCGGCAAACUCGGAGGUCCACUUCGCUCUUCCGUCAUGUCCGAUACAGACAGCACCAUGGCUUUCUCGCUGUAAGCUCCGCCUUGGGACAGUAUUAGUGCACGAGUUCAGGAAUGACUUCUCAAAGCUCAUGAAUCUGUGACUCGUGAUAGAAAGACAGUUUAAGUAGGUGUGCACGAAAGCUGCCUCAGCUGUGGAAAGAGCUGUGUAUGUGUAAAAGUCUGUUAAUAAGGAAUAACUACACCAAAUGUACCGAGUGAUGUUUUUUUUUUAUUUUUAUUUUAUUCCUGUCAAUAUGAUGUAUUAAAAAGAAGGCUGUGUUCCUUCAAAGCUAUGUAAAUAACAUUGAAGUGAUAUCUGUGACUUUAUUAUGAUUUGUAUGCCUCCAGGUGUCUCACCAUUGUUUGUUGCAAGUGCAAGAGCUUGUAUUUCGGUAUGCAUUUUCAUUUUAUCCUCAAAGUAUUCCAUGGAAUUCACUGUAAUGCAAAACUGAACCGACAUGUGUGUGCUAAAGCUACAUUAAAUUUCAGUUUAAGCCAA